AUGUUUAACCGUAAUAGGCUAUGGAAAAUUGCACAUGCAGUUCGAUACCAAUCGACCAAAGCAGCUGAGACUGUACUCCCCAAUGCCGCUAUCCCACCACGUUAUACUCUAGCCACUGUGCGUGCAUUUCCUUCAUUAGAACCUCUAACGUUUGCACCAGUCCCAACUUCUGUGCUAGCAGCCCCUCUAAGAAGAGACAUACUAUGGCGAGCAGUAGUUUACGAAAACGACAAUAAACGUGUUGGAUCAUCAAACCCACCAGGAAGAAGUGAAAAUGGCUACUCUAGACGCAAACUUUUACCUCAAAAGGGUUCCGGUAGAGCUAGAGCCGGUGAUGCAAAUUCACCAACCAGACAUAACGGUGCUCGCGCCCUAGCGAGAACCGCUCCAAACGACUACUCUACUGUGCUACCAAGCAAGGUAUACUCCCAGGCCGUGAUAAACGCCCUAAGCCAUCAGUAUAGAAGUGGAAACCUCUUCAUAAUUGGCGGAGCCAAUGCACUAUCAAAGACGAAUGAAUUGGACUUGAACGAGCUAGAAUUAAUACCCAGUAAUACCACUGGAGAUAUUUUGUUUGAGAGGUUCAUGAAAGAACAUAAACUGCAGGGCAAGAAAUUACUGUUCAUCAUCAGUGAACCCAGAGAAGCACUAUUACAAAAUACUGAUCGUUUCAAGGACAAAGUCGAUGUUGUUCAGCAAGAACUAGUUGAUGUGAAUGAUUUAUUGAAAGCCAAGAGAAUAUUCAUAGAACUAGCAGCUUUGGAAUACUUGACAGUAACCCAUUCCCUUUAG